GCAAGUUCCGUUUCUCUUUCCCCAUCUUCUUCCUUCUCCUUCUCUCCUAAGCCAAUCCAAAACUAGGACAAAGAAAUUGAGGCGCGCUGUGUAUAAGACGGGGGUAAGGUAAAACAGGCAUGGGCUUUUUCCCUUGUUGUGGCGAUUCAUCCACCGCCAAGAGAGAAGACCGAAAGAGAAGCGCCGCCGCCAAAAGGACGGAGCACAAGAAGGACGAAAUUGCGCAGCCGGCCUCCGAUACACCAACAAGGGUUAGCCCUUGCCAAGGUGGGAAGAAGGAGGAAUGCAAUGAUGCAGCAAAUCAAUCUACUUCAGGCAAAGACGAGGAUUGCAAUCAAAGGAAGUCUGGAGGAGGAGGAGAAACAGAAACGGGCAAGGCGAGGACGUUUACCUUUGCUGAUCUCGUGGCUGCCACAGAAAACUUCAAGCAAGAAUUCUUUUUGGGUGAAGGAGGAUUUGGCAAAGUCUUUAAAGGUCGACUGGUAGAUACUGGCCAGAUUGUGGCUAUAAAGCAGCUUGAUCGCGAUGGAUGUCAAGGGAUUAGAGAGUUUGUUGUUGAAGUGUUGACCUUGAGUAUGGCCGACCACCCUAAUCUUGUUAAGCUAAUCGGUUAUUGUGCAGAGGGCGAUCAAAGACUUUUGGUUUAUGAGUAUAUGCCUCUCGGUGCGGCAAAAGGGCUUGAGUAUUUACAUGACAAGAUGAAGCCGCCGGUGAUAUGCCGCGAUUUGAAGUGCUCAAAUAUAUUGCUUGCCGAGGAUUAUCAUCCCAAACUGUCUGAUUUUGGGUUGGCGAAGGUGGGCCCGCUCGGAGACAAGACCCACGUCUCAACCAGGGUGAUGGGCACGUACGGUUACUGCGCUCUGGAUUAUGCUAUGACUGGUCAGUUGACAUUCAAAUCAGAUGUUUACAGCUUUGGGGUUGUUCUUCUUGAGCUCAUCACUGGUAGGAGAGCUAUUGACAACACUAAACCUGCUCCAGAACAAAAUCUUGUUGCUUGGGCACGGCCGCUGUUCAAAGACCGGAAGAAAUUCCGGCAGAUGGCGGACCCCGCACUGGGAACUCAGUUUCUGGUGAGAGGGCUGUACCAGGCCCUGGCCAUUGCCGCGAUGUGCGUGCAGGAGCAACCGAACAUGCGUCCCCUCGUCGCUGACAUUGUCACCGGCCUUAACUACCUCUCCGCUCAAGAGUACGGCCCGCUUUCCCUGCCCUCUCGAAGAGGCCCGUAUUCUCACAAGCCCAAACUAGAUGGGCCUGAGAAGAGUGCUAGUUCCAGUGAUGUGGGUGAGGAGGAGGAGAAGAUGGAAGAUUGAUUCAUUCAUUAAUGCAUGCAUUCUUUGAUGAAGGGCAAAAAAAACAUAGAAAUGUUCUCCAACAAAAACGCCUCAAAAACCACCUUCCGUUUUUGAUCGUUUAGUGAAAACCAUGCGAAACGGCACGAACUUGGCUAGCCGUGGUUUUCAACUAAAUGACGUGGUUUUUAAGAUGUUUUACUUGAUUUCUUAGCAAAUUGCAAUAAACAAAUGUUUUCUAAACUU